AUGCAGGUCACUCACAUUGUCCUACUCCAAUUCAACCCCGACGUUACUCCCGAGGUUAGGGAGAAUGUCGCAGCCCAGGUCAGGGGCCUGCGUGAAUCAUGCAUUCACCCCGAAACUGGCAAGCCGUACAUCGUUUCCAUGAAGGCCGGCGCUGAUGUCUCGAUCGAGGGGCUGCAGAACGGCAUCAGCCAUGCAUUUGUCUCCGUUUUCGAAAAUACCGAGGAUCGCGACUACUUUGUGCACAAGGAUCCGGCGCACAUUGCGCUUGUGCAGAAUGUCAAGCAUCAUCUGGCUAAGGUUCAAGUCGUGGAUUUUGUUGAUGGGAAGCUUAUUUAG